AAUGAGGAAGCGCGGCGAGUCGGGUGGCUGAGGCGACGCUGGCUACAGAAGAGCAAGGAGGAGCGGGCGGCCGGCGCGGCGUCCCGGCUGUCCCCCCGGACGCGCCUGCUCGAGCCCCGCGCUACCAACGCACUCGCGCCCCGCCUUCGCCCCACCUGGCCCAGGUGUUUCCCUGCCUGUGCCCUGUCACUUCCUGAGGACACGGUGCCGGCAUGGCCAACAGCCCAGCGGAGAGCGCCAACCACCUGCCCUUCUUUUUUGGCAACAUCACCCGGGAGGAGGCGGAAGAUUACCUGGUCCAGGGGGGCAUGACAGAUGGGCUCUACCUGCUGCGUCAGAGUCGCAACUACCUGGGUGGCUUUGCCCUGUCGGUGGCUCACGGCAGGAAGGCACACCACUACACCAUCGAGAGGGAGCUCAAUGGCACCUACGCCAUCUCCGGGGGCAGGACCCACAGCAGCCCUGCCGACCUCUGCCACUACCACUCCCAGGAGUCCGAUGGCCUGGUCUGCCUUCUCCAAAAGCCCUUCAACCGACCCCCCGGGGUGCAACCCAAGACAGGGCCCUUUGAGGACCUGAAGGAAAACCUCAUCCGGGAAUAUGUAAAGCAGACAUGGAACCUGCAGGGGCAGGCUCUGGAACAGGCCAUCAUCAGUCAGAAGCCCCAGCUGGAGAAGCUGAUCGCCACCACAGCACAUGAGAAAAUGCCCUGGUUCCACGGAAAUAUCUCUCGGGAUGAAUCUGAACAGAUUGUCCUUAUAGGAUCAAAGAUAAAUGGAAAAUUUUUGAUCAGAGCCAGAGACAACAAUGGCUCCUACGCCCUGUGCCUGCUGCAUGAAGGGAAGGUGCUGCACUAUCGCAUCGACAAAGACAAGACGGGCAAGCUCUCCAUCCCCGAGGGGAAGAAGUUCGACACACUCUGGCAGCUGGUGGAACAUUAUUCUUACAAGCCAGAUGGUUUGUUAAGAGUUCUUACAGUUCCAUGUCAAAAAAUUGGCGCACAGAUGGCUCAUCCACAUGGUCCAAGUUCUCAUCCUGUGAGUUGGUCAGCGGGUGGAAUAAUCUCAAGAAUCAAAUCAUACUCCUUCCCAAAGCGUGGCCACGGAAAGGCCUCCCCAUCCCGCGGAAGCCGGCCAGAGAGCACUGUGUCCUUCAACCCUUAUGAGCCGGACCGAGUACCCUGGGCUGCAGACAGAGGUCCCCAGAUAGAAGCCAUGCCCAUGGACACAGAGGUGUACGAGAGCCCCUAUGCUGACCCCGAGGAGAUCAGGCCCAAGGAGGUCUACCUGGACCGAAACCUGCUGACUCUGGAGGACAAGGAGCUGGGCUCCGGUAACUUCGGGACUGUGAAGAAGGGCUACUACCAGAUGAAAAAAGUUGUAAAAACGGUGGCUGUGAAAAUACUGAAAAACGAGGCCAAUGACCCCGCCCUGAAGGAUGAGCUGUUAGCAGAAGCGAACGUCAUGCAACAGCUCGACAACCCCUACAUCGUGCGCAUGAUCGGGAUCUGCGAAGCCGAGUCCUGGAUGCUGGUCAUGGAGAUGGCGGAGCUUGGUCCUCUCAACAAGUAUCUGCAGCAGAACAGGCAUGUCAAGGACAAGAACAUCAUAGAGCUGGUUCAUCAGGUUUCCAUGGGAAUGAAAUAUUUGGAGGAGUGCAAUUUUGUGCACAGAGACCUGGCUGCAAGAAAUGUAUUGCUGGUCACUCAACAUUAUGCCAAGAUCAGUGACUUUGGACUUUCCAAAGCCCUGCGUGCAGACGAAAACUACUACAAGGCCCAGACCCACGGGAAGUGGCCCGUGAAGUGGUACGCCCCCGAAUGCAUCAACUACUACAAGUUCUCCAGCAAAAGCGACGUGUGGAGCUUCGGCGUGCUGAUGUGGGAAGCGUUUUCCUACGGGCAGAAGCCCUAUCGAGGGAUGAAAGGAAGUGAAGUUACCACCAUGUUGGAGAAAGGAGAGCGGAUGGGGUGCCCUCCAGGGUGUCCAAGAGAGAUGUAUGAUCUGAUGAACCUGUGCUGGACAUACGAGGUGGAGAAAAGGCCCGCGUUUACAGCGGUGGAACUGCGGCUGCGCAAUUACUACUACGACGUGGUUGGUUAACUAACGGCUCCGGUGCCUGUCCACAGCUGCCUUCAACCCUGCAAUCGCAGGAAAAUGUAUUCAGGUGAAUUGAUUUGCAGCGUUUCCAUUUCCCGGCGCUGGCGGGGAGAGCCGACCCCAGGAUGGAACAUGCUGGGGACUCCUUCAGCAAAACCUGGCCUCGGACUCACACUCCACAAAGCCAACGCCGUCCCAGAAGAAAGGUGGACAACAGGACUUGAGGGGCCCCUGAAUUCCUUUGUGUCGCCUGUCUGUGUGGUUUUCAUGAAGACUGAUUUUACGAUGUUUCUAAAUUCCUUUUAUCAUUCCAGUUCUCUGGGUCCUGGGUUGCAGAAGCCCCUGCAGGUCUGAAGCUCCUGAAAUGAAGAAGGGGAGGGAGUGGCAGAGGGAGCCACUUCCUCUCGAUCAUGAGUCUGACAGCCCAAAACUGAUCCUUAGCCAGAGAAAAGCUGUCCAGAUGAGAAAGUGCUUGCUGUGGGGCUUAAAAAAAAAAAAAAAAAAAAAAAAAAAAAGUUCAGCCAGAGCAGUUUCUAAGCAUGUAGCCAAUUAAUGAAAUAACAAUAACAGUAAUUAACAAUAAAAAGCCUGGGUAUGGCUUUUGCUCUCUGUCAUGGGACAGAAGCAGCAGCUAGAUGAGAAAUGAGAACUGUCAAAGUACAUCAACAGAGCUUACAUCCCCUGAAGUCCUCUCCCCCGCCGGCGGUCUUUAAGAUUGUUCUUUGUGCUUUUAUGGAGACUAAUGAAUGAAGUUCUGCAUGGAGACUGCAUAAGGGAGUCAGGGUGCCGGUCAUCCUGUGCCCAAUCAGGGGCAGCAGAGUGCAUCAGACUGCCAUCUGCUGGGCCAAGCUUUGAGACAAAGUUAACCCUCUACAGAGAGGCUGUGGCCAGAUUUCCAUCUUUUUCUGAACCUGUUUUCUGUUGCUGUAACUGAACACCUGAGACUGGGAAAUUUAUAAAGAAAAAUUGAUCUCUCACAUUUCUAGAGGCUGGAAAAACCAAUUUUCAAGGUGCUAGCACCUGGCAGAGGGCUUCUUGCUGCAUCAUAAUGUGGCAAAAACAUCACAUGAAGAAACAGCAAACAUGCCAACUGGAGUCACUCUUCUUAUGAAGCCACUAAUUCCUCAGAAGACCCCAUUCACAUGACCUCAUCUAGAAGGUCUCACCUCCAAACACCAUUAACAUGUGAAUUCCAGGAUUAAAUUUCCAAUACAUGAACUUUGGGGGACAUAUUCAUACCAGAGCAGAGGGCAACACAGUGGCCAAAGCCAUAUAAAGAGCUUCUAAAGAGAGCAGCAAUCAUAAUAAAACCAAGUACUCUGAUCCUCACCACAAACAGGCCUUACUGAGUGACUUUAGGUUGACAGUGCAAGACCUGAGAAUUCUGUUCAUCUUUGAAUCCUUGACAUACUGCUUAAUCUUAUAUAAAUCAUCACCCACUGAUACCAGUCUUGUGACCCUUGGAAGUUAAAAAACUAGCCAUUAUUUCAAUGCCUGUGGAUCCGUAUAAACUUGACCUAUGUCAUCUUCACAUCGAAGACAUUUUAAAGCAUACGCAUAGCCACGGAGGGCAAGGCAUGGAGGAAGUAGCCAUCGGUACCUUCGCUUAGCCAAAAAAGACAUGAGCUCUUAUGUUAGGAAAUGUUGAGGAACCAGCCACACUCUUUGGAAUUGUGCUUCCUAACCAUUUAAUCACUUUGUUAGCAGAUCCUUGUGUGCCAGAGUCACCGAGCCAAUCCUCAGAGCUCAUUUAGAGCACAUUUACCCUGAAAUUACAAAGAUCGGUAAGGAAGAUCUCUGUUGGUCAAGCCAUUGAUAGAUUUGGGUCAUGAAAGGGAGGGUUGGAUGUGCUAGAUUUGGUACAGCCAUGAGUACUUCUGAGAAAGGCUCUGCCAUUGAGCACUCAAGUCUCCUUCCUUCACCCCAAGUGUGUUUUAAUAAAGGCCACCUGCUCUUAGGGAGCCCACAUGUAGCAUAAGGAUGGCGUUCUUCACCACGUCUUCUUUCUGGUGUGAAUUUCUGGCGUCUUUAACAGCACCCCUCCCAGGAGUCCAGGGCUGACACUCAUCCAGAAUGUGCCAGGGAAAGAGGGACGUAGGAGUCUCACCUCCCUCCCGGUCAUGGGACCAUCCAGUGCCUCUCCCCUCGGGGAGCAGGUUCCUGUGUGCAGAAAGUCCACUGUGACCAGCGAGCAGAGGUCUCAUGUAGUGAAAAUUGUAUCCUCCCAUUGGGAAUAAUCAUCCUUUCCCCUGGUGUCACAAGAAGAAAGGCAGCCCCGUGGAAGAAUUUAGACUGUGGAAAGGACUGAAUUUGGAAGGUUGGGGAAAGAUAUCCAAGUACUUCUAGAGCUUCUGUCCUGGGCUGUGUUUCCUCUUGUGGGUUGCCCCUCUGAAUGUUCUAAACCUCUCUUUCCCAGGGAACAGGACUCACUCCCUGUGCCUGUCACCUUCUGGUCCUUCUUAGCAGGUACUGACUCCCCAGGCUGCCCUGGCUGCAUCCCAUUGACUGUGGAUACCACAGAUACCUCACCCCUGCAUGGCCAAAUGUCUCUAAAGCAAAACACCAUCCGUCCAGUGCUGAGGUGAUUGCUGGUGUUUGCAUUUGAGUGUGUUCUUUCCCCAUCACCCAU